AAAUUAGAAAAAUCCAUCUUUCUUCCUGCGACCCUUAAACCCUAUUCCCUUCUCACCUAAAACCCCCCUCACCAUCACCAUAUUUCCCUUCUCUGCAGAAUCCCCUCUCUCUCUCUCUCUCUCUCCAGACCAUGUCUCUCUCCAAAUAUUUCUCUCUCCUCCCCCAAUCCCCUGUCUCUCAUCGCCACCACCUCCUCUUCCUGCGCUUCCUCUCUUUCUCCUCUCCUGAAGAUGCUGCCGCCGAGCGUCGUCGCCGAAAGCGGCGCCUUCGCAUCGAACCGCCCCUCUCCUCCUCUAAUCGCUCUGGCCCCCGCCCUCCCAUCUCUCCGAACGCUAACCCUAAUGCUCCAAAACUCCCGGAGACGACCUCUGCUUUAACAGGAAACCGCCUCAAUCUCCACAAUAAAGUUCUCUCUCUUCUCAGAGAGCGUCAAUUUACAGAGGCCGCUCUCUCUGUUCGCCAUCAUAUUUACUCCAACUGUCGCCCCACUAUCUUUACUUGCAACUCUGUGCUUUUCUCUCUUCUCAAUCAUCGUUUAUACCCUGACUUUCUAUCUCUGCAUCGCUUCUUUACGCAAGCUUCCAUUGCCCCUAAUCUGGUUACCUUUAACCUUUUGCUUCAAGCAUAUUGUGAUAUCAGAAAACCUGAAACUGCAUUGGAAACAUAUAGGACUAUGCUUAAUAGUUCUCCUUUUUCCCCAUCUCCGACUACAUAUAGGAUUUUGACGAAGGGUUUGGUUGAUACUGAUAGGUUGAGUAGGGCUCUUGAGCUUUUGCCUGAGAUGAGAGAGAAAGGAAUAGGGGCGGAUUCAAUUGUUUAUAAUAAUCUCAUGUUGGGGUGUGUCAAAGCUGGGGAAUUGGAAAAGGCGAUUGAGAUUUUUGGGGAGUUGAAGCAGAAUUUGAAGGUUUAUGAUGGGAUAGUUCAUGGGACUUUGAUGAAAGGGUACUUCUCGAAAGGUAUGGAUAAAGAAGCCAUGGAAUGUUAUGAGAGUUUGUUCAACUUAGGGUUUAAGAUGAAUGCUAUUAGUUAUAAUUCAGUGCUUGAUGCUCUUGCUAAGAAUGCAAAGUUUGAUGAGGCUGAAGGUUUGUUUGAUCGUAUGCUAAAUGAGCAUGACCCACCCAGGAGAGUGACUGUAAAUUUGGGUUCUUUUAAUGUAAUGGUUGAUGGGUUUUGUAGCCAGGGCAAGUUUCAGGAAGCAAUUGACGUUUUUAGAAAGAUGAGUGAGAAAAUGUGCAGUCCUGAUACUCUCUCGUACAAUAACCUGAUAGAGCAAUUAUGUAACAAUGGACUUUUGAGGGAAGCAGAGGCGUUAUACAAUGAAAUGGCUGAGAAAUCUGUGAAUCCUGAUGAGUUCACAUAUGUCUUGCUUGUUGACGCUUGUUUUAGAGAGAAGAAAGAGAAUGAAGCAGCUGGCUAUUUUGAGAAGAUGGUAGAGACGGGUUUGAAGCCCAAUGUUGUCGCGUAUAAUAAGGUGAUUGGUGGGUUGGUUAAUGCUUCAAAGAUCGAUGAGGCCACGAAGUUUUUUGAGCAGAUGAGAGAGAAAGAGCUCAAACCUGAUACCAAAACUUAUGAUUUCGUGUUAAGAGGGUUAUGCGAACAGUCGAGGUUCGAUGAGGUGCUUAAGAUAGUUGGUGAUGUGCUCAAGAACGAUGAGGUUUUGGAUACUGAAACCAAGGAAUUUGUUUUUGAUUCUCUAAGAAAGGUAGAGAGGGAUGGGGAGUUGCAAAAUCUGUUUGAUGAGAGAGAGAGGGAGAAGGCUGAGGCUUUGGCCAAGGAGGCAGAGGAGGCUAGUAAGAGUGAGGAAGCAGCAAAAGCAGCCAGUGAAGGAGCCACAAUUGGUGAUGGCGAGGCCAAGGCUGAUGAUGCACAAGCUGUGCAGGCAUUGAGUGAAGGGGAGGCUUUGGCUGUUCAUUCUGAAGCAGCCUAUGAGGACAUGGAGAGUAGUAGUAAAGGGCCCAAGGGGGAUGUGACAAGUGUAGAGGGUGACAUGGUCGAGGCUAAAGAAGUUGGCGCCUUUGCUGAGGAAGGGGAGGAAGGAAAAGAUAGUGCUAAUAUUGAACAGGUUGGAACUUCCUGAACAAAUAUUCUCAGAUAUAUUGUGAAUUUUUUUUUUGAGAUUAGGUGGUGGCAGGGAAGAAAGCUUGUCCCAUCGGGGACUUUGUGUUUUAUUGUUGGAGAGUUAUGUUUUGUACUUUUCCCUAGUUUAACUUUCAAGAAAACUCCAAUUAUUAUAUGAUCUCAAAUUUUUAUUGUGAGAGAAGUGUCAGAAGAUUCGUGACACAAGAUAACCGAUUGCGUAUUCUGUUUCAAA